UCAAUGUAAUAGUAAAGAUGUAUUUAAUACGAUAGGAAUAAGAAACGAGCGUUCCGUUUAUUGAAUUUCGAACGUUUAAUUGACUCUCGUGUGGAAAAAUCGGUUAUUAAACAAACUUCAAAGACAUUGGAUAAGCACUCAUAUUUUGACGUGUGAUACCGUAUAGCGGUGUUGGUUAGUUCCAAUACUUUAAGGGGCUUCAAUACUUCACCAACAACAGUUCUGAUUGCGCCCAAGUUGUGUAAAGAUGUCUAAAAGUUAAGGCAAUGAUACCAGAUAGAUCACAGUAUUCCCAAAAUAUCGGAUUGUUCAAGUGGUUAUGGUAAAUUAUGGAAAGCCCUGCUAACAACAUUCUAGCUGCCCACUCCGGACUGUCUUUGUAUCCUAAUCCAAUAAGUACCUCCGUCCCAGGUCUACUGAGUUCGAGCCCAACACAAGAGUCUUCGUCUUCGCGGUUGUCAGGGAACAACUCGUGGGGAAGUUACACCGGUGACAGCGGCAUUGUGGCACAUAACUCGUGUUCAAUGGCAUCGUACGGUAAUCUGCCCUUAGGGGCUAGUUUUUCAAUGAACAGCAAAGCUGCCGCUUAUAAUUCAGCCUUUGGAAGCAGUUCGGACUAUUUGAAUUGUAGACAAAUGGUGAACCAUAUGUCCCCUUUGAACGCUAUGCCAAUGCGCAAUUAUCCCUCUAUAUAUGGUGACAUGUACCAAGGACAUACAGCCGGCUACACAAACAGUGGAUUUUAUCCCGACAUGACCGCCGGAAUCCCACCCUUCCCCGGCAGAGAAUUAGAAUGUCGGCAACCGCCGUCAGAUUCAUCGGAAGGAGAAACAAAAGGCAGAAAGAAAAGAAAGCCGUACACACGUUACCAAACUAUGGUUCUGGAGAACGAAUUUUUGAACAGCUCUUGUAUUACGAGACAAAAACGAUGGGAAAUAUCAUGUAAAUUACAGCUCACUGAGCGUCAAGUAAAAGUCUGGUUUCAAAACAGGCGAAUGAAAAGAAAGAAAUUAAAUGAAAGAGCAAAAAAUAGACUCAGAGAAGAAACUGAUAUAAAAGAUGUUCCCCAAUUACCACAAGCACAUAGCCAGCACCCGCAGCAUUCAUUGGCUGCCCAUUCUCAUUCGCUUGCGCAACAGCACCUACAAGCCUGACGCUAGGCUAUUUAUAGAUUGUGAGGGGGUUAUCUCAAAACAUUAGAUAUUGUCUGAGAAACGACUUGGCCGCUCGACCGAGUCAAAGUGCUAAAAGUGAUGAAGAAAUCUUAAAUAAGAUUAAGGUGCUUGAAUAAACACUCGAAAUGUUUAUAGAAAAGUUUCAGAAAAAAAAGGUAUCUAACCUAGGCGUCUGAAAAAAUAUGGCUAUGCCAGUAGCUCCGAUCUCUUGCCGGUAUGGAAGGUUUUUUGCUCAGAAUAUUAAGAGCAUAAUGUCCCAUUUAGGUUGGUUGUUGACCGACCUGAACUUAUAUACAUUAUUAUACGUUGUGAUUUAAGAUUCCAUGAGUUAUUUAAUAUUAUGUACAUAAUAUGUGUAUAAUUAUUGUGCACUUGUGUAGAAGUAUUUAAAAUAAAGUGAGAGUUUAAGUGCUAUUGUGUUGUGUUGGGGACGUCAAAUCAAGGACUACUUUCUUUGACGGACUAUUUUUUGCGUCAUUCAUUGAAUUGCCAGUGCCAUUCGACCUAAAGUAAUUGUGGUUUAUGUGAUAUUUCCCUUAGUUGUAUUGAAUCUUAAUUACCUGAGUUGUUUGUAACUAAGUUCUUUAGAGCCACGGGUUGGUAACGGCGUGCAUCCGGGUGACUUAAAAACUUUCUGGAACGCUCACGUGAAAAAAGAUGACAACAAGAAAACUGCGAUUUGAGAAGCCACAACAACAACAAAAGCUACGACAGAGCAACAAAAAUACACGUGAGAAAAAUAUAGUUAUUGGGCCAUUGAAAAAUGCCAUUCUUGGUUAGAUGCAAACAUAUCUUCAAAAACGUUCCAGUAAGCGCCAGGCGUGCGAAAAGAAAGCAUACGAAAAAAGCAGACGAUAAAUAUCGGAGCAAAGUGAUUCAUUGUUUACACGCUAAAAUCAGGAAGUGAGUAUUGACCAUCGUAUAGGACAAAAGUUCCCCACUGUUGACAACAGCUUGUAAGAACAAUCCUCGAGAUAAACUAUAUAAAAAGUAUUUAUAUACUUAAACUGUACUUUAAUCUAUACAGAUUAAGAUAAAGAAAAACUUCUGUUGCCGAAGAUUUUAAAAAGGACAAAUGCAGAAAUAAUAUUUUUGUUUCUUGAUCAAUUUGAUAUUGCCUAAACAAUUGUCAUUAUCAUUUCCAUUUUAUAAUUUUAAUGUUAAUUAAAAACCAAAAAAAGAUAGAAUAAAUAUCAUUUUUAAAUACGUUUAAUUCCAGACGGACUAAGCCUAUACAUUUCUGCGUAAUUUUAGAUGAAUUUUUUUCCUUAAAUUGUAAUAAAAAGAAUAUGUCAGGUAAUUCUGUUGGUACCCACGGAAAACUAUAAUAUAAGUUCUGAUUCAUUGAUAUUUGUGGAUUGUUGUUAAAAAAUCUUUGUAAAGAUGAAUGUACAUAUUGUUAUCAAUGUUAAAGUGUGCACUGCAAUAUUAAAUGUUAUGUGAAAUAUAAAUUACAAAUAAUUAGGAAUGUAUGGUAACUCUGUAUGUAAUACAUGUCCGCCAUGCAUAAUCUGUAGAAAAAAUGCUUUUUUUUUCUAAAAUGCUGUGUUGAAAUUAAAGUUAUUAAAUUAUAUAUGUACAACAUCAGUGCUUUUAAUGUGGAUUUGUUAACGAAAUAGUUUCAUUAUUCAAACGGAAUAUCUCUUAUAAAUAGACAGACAAAUUAUUUCAAUAAGAUAAGGCUUAUAAGCACAGGAUGACAUAAUUAUAGCAUAUUUACAUAUUUGAAUAAUAACUAAACAAAGAAAAUCACUUAAUAUAAUAAUUAAUUGUUUUUCAAUUUCUUCUUUUUAAUUUUAAGUACCAGAAUGAAUGGUUCCAUGUAAACUUGCGCUAAAUUGAAAAAUGUAAUACGAUUUCAAGACUAUAUAUACGAUUUAUAUAUUUUCUAAACAUGAAAGUGAAAUACCCCGCUGGAUAUGAUGUGAUAUUUCGUAUAAACCAUGACUUUAAAAGUACUGACUUACCCCCAUGUUUAAAGUAACGGCAAAGCUUUAAAAAAAUAAAGAAAAAUAAAAAGAAUUACAAAUAUCUUUACAUAAGUAACAUUGAUUUAAAUGUUUCUGUGAAGAAAAUAAAUAUACAAUGCUUAAAUGUUUCACUGCAAUGGAAUACUUUAAAGUUUAAAAUUUUCUCAUACAAUUUUUUAUUCUAUUUUUCAAAUCAUUUUUUUUGUACAGCCGAGAAAUAUGUCAGUGACACUUUAAUGGAAACAUAUUAUAUUUAAGCUUUUUAGUAUUAUUAUCAUCGUCAUCCGAAAUCAGUAAUGUUGAAGCUAAAUAGAGCUUUGCCGCUACCUUAAAUAUAUUUGAAUGUUACCUCAAAAUAUGUAUUAUUUGUGACAUGGCAUUUUUGUAUUGUUUGAAUGUUUAUUAAUAGAAUAAUCAUAUGACAUCAUUGUUCUGAAUUCUAAAAAUAGAUUUACAAACACUUAA